GUCCAGAAUCUCCUCAAUCGUACUAGCUUUCCAAAAGGUUUCGUUUUCGGAACAUCCUCCACAGCUUAUCAGUAUGAAGGUGCGGCAGCUACAGGAGGCAGGAGACCAAGUAUCUGGGAUAAUUUCACUCACGCAUACCCAGGAAGAUGUAAAGAUAAUGAAGGAUAUGAAUACAGAUGCAUUCAGAUUCUCCAUUUCAUGGUCUAGAGUUCUUCCUGGUGGGAAGCUGAAAAGGGGAGUGAAUAUGGAAGGCAUUCGUUUUUACAAUAAUCUUAUCAACGAACUACUAGCAAACGGUCUGCAACCCUUUGUGACCUUCUUUCAUUGGGAUGUUCCCCAGGCCCUGGAAGAUGAUUAUGGUGGCUUUCUAAGCGCUAGUAUUGUGGAUGAUUUUCGAGACUUCGCCGAACUUUGCUUCAAAGAAUUUGGUGAUCGUGUGAAGCAUUGGAUCACUCUGAAUGAGCCCAAUAUGUUCUCUUACCGAGGUUAUGACUUGGGCAAUUGGGCACCAGCCCGCUGCUCCAAAUGGGUAUAUCCAGCAUGCGAGGCAGGAAAUUCUGCCACCGAGCCUUACAUUGUUGGCCACAAUCUGCUACUUGCUCAUGCAGCAGCUGUUCAACUAUACAAGCAAAAGUACCAGGCAACUCAGAAGGGACAGAUUGGAAUAACAUUAACGACUGUUAUGAUGCUACCUUACUCCAACUCCACAUCUGAUGUUGCGGCAGCCAAAAGAGCCCUUGAUUUCAAUCUUGGAUGGUUUUUGGACCCAGUGGUGUAUGGUGAUUAUCCAGCGUCCAUGAGUGAACGGGUGGGAAUAAGACUUCCAGUGUUUAGCAAGAGGCAAUCAAAGAGGCUCAAAGGAUCUUAUGAUUUUAUUGGAAUAAAUUACUACACAACAUAUUAUGCUAGGAGUGUUCCUGCCGCUACCGUCAAUAUUAGCUACUCCACCGAUUCCGGAGUGGAGACAACCCCUGUGCGUAAUGGGGUCCCCAUUGGUGAACAACCUGGUUCAAGCUGGCUCUACGUUUAUCCAAAGGGGAUCCGAGAUCUUCUGCUUCACACCAAGAGAAAUUACAAGAACCCUGUUAUUUACAUCACUGAAAAUGGGGUUUGUGAUACUAAUAAUACUGCUACCUUACCUCAUGCCCUGGAGGAUCCAGUCAGGGUGCUUUACUACUACCGCCAUCUUUUGUUCCUCCAUAGAGCCAUUAAAGACGGUGUGAAUGUCAAAGGUUUCUUUGCUUGGACACUUUUGGAUGACUUUGAAUGGACCUCUGGUUUUACUUCGAGGUUUGGCAUCAACUUCGUGGACUUUAGUAAUGGCAGCUUGAAAAGAUAUCCUAAGCAAUCGGCUACUUGGUUCAAGAAUUUCCUGCAAAAGUAGAGCUAAU